AUUAAUCGUUUGAUAGCACUAAUUUAUCAUAAUUAUGUAAUUCCAGCAGCAGUACUGAGUGUUUGUUUUGUGCAGCUGGUGCUGCUGAAGGACAAGAAGAAGCUCUUCACGCUGUACUCUCUGGGAUACGAGCCCGAGUCCGCAGCCGUUCCCCCUGGGGGCGGAGCCGUGGCUGUGGGCGGAGCUGACGGGAAGGUGCGUCUGUACACGGUUCAGGGAAACACCCUGAAGGAUGAUGGGAAGGUGCUGGAGGUGCAGGGGCCUGUGACGGACAUGUCGUACUCUCAGGACGGAGCGUUUCUGGCCGUGACGGACGAGAAGAAGGUCAUCACUGUGUUCACCGUCGCGGAUGGAUACACGGAGAAGAGCGAGUUCUACGGUCAUCACGCGAAGGUGGUCUGUCUGUCCUGGUCACCUGAUAACGAGCACUUCGCCACUGGCGGCAUGGACAUGAUGCUCUAUGUGUGGACCGUCAGCGAUCCUGACAAGAGGAUCAAAAUACCAGACGCCCACCGGCUGCAUCACGUCAGCGGUCUGACCUGGCUCAACACAAACACACUCGUCACCACGUCCCACGAUGCCUGCGUCAAACAGUGGACUCUCAGAAUCUAAACCCAACAGGAACGCUCUCGCUGUCUUUCUCUCGCUCUUCCUCUGUUUUCUCUCGCUUCUCUCCGCUGGAAACUGUGUGGAAAGACAGGCAUCGAGCACUUGACCUUCCACACAGACACACACACAGUCUCUCUCUCUCUCUCUCUCACACACACACACACA